GACGAUACGUUUCCGAUUCGACGCAGCGCACUCCGAUAUUACGACGGUCCUGUUCUCCAUCUUUUGUAGUGCUGGGAAGGCAGGUUGAAAAAUGUCUCUUCUAUCCGCUCGCUUAGCUGCUUCUGUGGCAAGAAACUUGCCCAAAAAUGUUCCACAGGUUGCAGGAGCAGCUUUCCCAGCCGCAUCGGUUGCUGCACGCAAAUUGCACAUGUCCACCCCGAACCGCGGUGCCGAAAUUUCUGCCAUCCUCGAAGAACGCAUCUUGGGUUCCGCCCCCAAAGCCGAUUUAGAUGAAACUGGUCGUGUGUUGAGCAUUGGUGACGGUAUCGCCCGUGUCUAUGGAUUGAAGAACAUCCAAGCUGAUGAGAUGGUGGAAUUCUCCUCCGGUCUCAAGGGUAUGGCUUUGAACUUGGAACCCGACAACGUUGGUGUUGUAGUAUUCGGUAACGACAAGCUCAUCAAGGAAGGAGAUAUCGUCAAACGUACUGGUGCUAUCGUAGAUGUACCUGUUGGCGACCAACUUUUGGGUCGUGUAGUCGAUGCUUUGGGUAACCCCAUUGAUGGCAAAGGCCCAUUGAACACCAAACAACGUUUCCGUGUCGGAAUCAAGGCUCCCGGUAUCAUUCCACGUAUCUCUGUAAGAGAACCUAUGCAGACUGGUAUUAAGGCCGUCGACUCUCUUGUGCCCAUCGGUCGUGGACAGCGUGAAUUGAUCAUUGGUGAUCGUCAAACUGGUAAAACCGCUUUGGCCAUUGAUACCAUCAUCAACCAGAAACGUUUCAACGAUGCCGAUGAUGAAAAGAAGAAAUUAUACUGCAUCUACGUCGCUAUUGGUCAAAAGCGUUCCACUGUCGCCCAGAUCUUGAAGCGUCUUACUGACUCUGGUGCCAUCAACUACACCAUCAUUGUGUCUGCCACCGCUUCCGAUGCCGCUCCCCUUCAAUACUUGGCCCCAUACUCUGGUUGCGCCAUGGGAGAAUACUUCAGAGACAAUGGCAAACACGCUUUGAUCAUCUACGACGAUUUGUCCAAACAAGCCGUCGCUUAUCGUCAGAUGUCUCUGUUGCUGCGUCGUCCCCCAGGUCGUGAGGCCUACCCCGGUGAUGUAUUUUACCUCCACUCCCGUCUAUUGGAACGUGCCGCUAAGAUGUCCGAAGCCCACGGAGGUGGCUCCUUGACCGCCUUGCCCGUCAUCGAGACCCAGGCCGGUGAUGUAUCAGCCUACAUUCCCACCAACGUAAUUUCCAUCACUGACGGACAAAUCUUCUUGGAAACUGAAUUGUUCUACAAGGGUAUCCGUCCCGCUAUCAACGUCGGUUUGUCCGUAUCCCGUGUAGGUUCCGCUGCCCAGACCAAGGCCAUGAAACAGGUCGCCGGUUCCAUGAAGCUGGAAUUGGCCCAAUACCGUGAAGUAGCUGCUUUCGCUCAGUUCGGUUCUGACUUGGAUGCCGCCACCCAACAACUGUUGAAUCGAGGUGUUCGUCUUACUGAGCUGUUGAAGCAAGGCCAAUACGUGCCAAUGGCUAUUGAAGAGCAAGUAGCCAUCAUCUACUGCGGUGUACGUGGUCACUUAGACAAGAUCGAUCCCUCAAAGAUCACCGUCUUCGAAAAGCAGUUCUCUGAACACAUCAAGAGCAGCCACAAAAGCAUCUUGACCAGCAUCGCCAAAGAAGGUAAAAUCACCGAAGACACCGAUGCCCAAUUGAAGAAGAUCGUACAAGACUUCAUUGCUAACUUCUCUGGUUAAAUUUUGUAAUUUUCCCUUAUAUAUUUGAAUUAUUAUUGUUAGUCGACAACUUAAAGUUUAAAUUGUAACAUUCUGAGUACAUGCUGUACAUCAUGUUUGAAGUUGUCGACUAAGAAUAUGUAUUUUAAGCAAUUUUUAGCAUAGGUCUGUAUAGUCGUUGGACUAAAAUAAAAAGCGAACUUUUCGAUCAUUUCAUUAUAUAUAUAAAUAUAUCGAACAUCCUGUACAGCAUUUGUUUUUAUUAUAUAAUUUGUAACAAUAAGUGGAAAUACAUGUUACAGACACUUAA